AUGGAAGUUGAGCUUUAUGUCUAUGACCUUUCCAAGUACUCGCAACCUUUGACGGGCACUCAGAUCGAUGCGAUCUAUCACACCUCCUUGGUUGUUGAUGGAGUCGAGUACUAUUUCGGGCAAGGCAUCCAGACAGCCAGGCCAGGUAGCACGCACCAUGGACAGCCGAUGGAAAAAGUGCCAAUGGGCAAAACUGAGCUUCCUGUCGACGUGAUCCAAGAGUAUCUGGAGUCGCUAGCUGCCAUCUAUACACCAGAGGUUGGUUUGUGUCACACAUCCUGCAAUGGGAAUGAUUCAUGGUUCAGACUAACUUGGCAACAGUCAUACGAUCUAUUCCUCCAUAACUGCAAUAACUUUACACAAGAUUUCGCCAUGUUUCUUGUGGGUAAAAGUAUACCAGGUCAUAUUAGGGAUCUGCCUCGCACGUUCUUGGAGACGCCCUUUGGCCAGAUGAUGAAGCCUCAGAUUGAAGCGGCCCUGAAGGGUGUCACCCAAGGCUCUGGUAUUGGUUCUGGGUCUAGGGCGGCGCUGGGUGAUGCUAUGCCCGAGGCUAGAGCAGGGCCGGUAGCAACAAAGACUCCAGCGCCUACAGGCGUCGUCCGCAACGUCAGUAACCUCACACAAAUGGAGGAUGAAUUGAAGGCUGCAUCAAAUUCCUGUGCUGUGAUCUUCUUUACUUCGUCCACGUGUGCGCCUUGCAGGAUCGUCUAUCCAACCUAUGAUGACCUUGCGGAGGAGGUGGGCGAAAAGGGCCGUCUCAUCAAAGUGGACAUAAGCACAGCCUACGACGUGAGCAUGAAGUAUAACGUACACGCUACGCCCACCUUCAUGACCUUUUUGAAGGGUAAGAAAAAGGACGAGUGGAGCGGCGCAAGUCCGGCUCAACUCAAGGGCCAUGUGCGGAUGCUUCUGGAGCAAGCAUACCCAACACAUCCCCAUCGCAAUCUCCGACUUCCGAGUCUGCAACGGACCAUCACCAAUUUCGUCAUGUACAAGAAGGCACCUCCUCUGGACAAGCUUCUUCAAAAGCUGCCAUCGGAUUUCAAGGAUGCAGUCGGUGUCGCGCCCAUUAUCGACUUUGUGAAAAAGCGCCACGCCGGUACACAUGGCAACCCUCCUCCAGCUGAUGUCCGAGUUCCUGAUCUGCAUACGUUCGCCAGCACAAUGCAAUCAACCUAUUCCGAGCUCCCGACUGAGAGUCUCUUUGCAGUGGUCGACUUGGUACGCGUCUUGUUCCUCGAUCCUCGUGUGAGCGGCUACUUUGCUGAAGAGGCCAAUCACGCUACACUCGUUACACUCUUCUCUCCUCUUUCUCAGGACAGACUCUCGGCCUCCCCCUACAAUCUUCGAAUUGUUUCCCUCCAACUCAUCUGCAACUUGUUCAGCACGCCUCUAUACCCUGAUCAACUCACCUCAUCCACCUCAAUUUUACGAGAAACACUCCUUGCAUUAGCCACCAACUCACUGCUGGACUCUCACUCGAAUCUACGUGUGGUCGCGGCUUCAUUUGCAUACAACCUGGCCGCAUUCAAUCAUAAUGCUCGAUUCGACGGGAAGCCGGAUCGUCUGUCGGAAGAAGACCAAAUUGAAUUGACCGCAUCACUGCUGGAGGCUAUCUCGCAGGAAAAUGAAAGCGCUGAAGCUUUGCAUGGACUGCUCUUUGCUCUUGGCCUGCUGAUCUAUGAGGCACCGAUCGACGGAACGCUGGUUGAUCUAUGCCGUGCGAUGGGGGUUCGCGAGACCGUAUCUGCCAAGGCGCAAAUUCCUGCCCUGCAAAAGGAACCGCUGAUUAAAGAAGUCGGCGGUGAGUUGUUUGGGAAAGGGCUCUGA